AUGGAACUGCUAGGCGUUGAAAAAUUCGUAGCUUUGCGAGGUGUGCUGGGAUGUCCACUAAUCGAUGUCCCAUCGGAGUUCUUUAGUGAAAUUGAUGACUCAGAGAUUCUUGAAAUUGUAGCGCACGAUGAUAAUCUUACUAUUCCAAACUCUCUCCUCUAUCAUCUCCCUAAAUCAGAGACAUAUAGUUUGAAGGAGCUGAAAAACUAUAAGGAAUACGAUAUAAGAUUGAAUUUUGAAGCUUGGAGGGUUCUUGCAUUUAAUAAUUCACGACUUCAUGCUGGAAGACUGGCACAAUGUGUGUCUAUACUUAUGACCAAUCCCGAUGGUGUAACCAGAAAAACAAUGAAAAGCUUAAUUUCUAACUCCGAAAAGAACAUUCAUAAAUGGAUACAGCAGUUAGUAAAAGAGAAAGUCAUAUAUAUAGAAAAUAACCAUGGAAAUGAAAUAUUAAAAUUCAAUUUUGAUAUAAUAGAAAGAAUAAAAAAGUUUCCAGAUGAUGUUUUCACAAGAAACGAAGCAUCAGCACUUAAUUCUGUUCAACAAACUACUCAUUCUAACAAUAAUGAGACAGUUGCAAUAGCAACUAAGAAAAAUGGAAGUCCAAAACUUGCCAAUGGAGUAAUACAGCAGGCUGAAAAAACAAUUAAAGAGCGUGGAAAUGUCAUACCAGUCAAGGAUUUACAAGCAUCUUUAAUGUUAGAAUCAGACACCAUGGAAUUAUUAGUGGAUGAAUUGGCAGGCAGACUUGACUAUCAAAUACAUCAAUUAAAUAGUAAGCCUAAUAUAAUUGAAUAUAUUGGAGAAAUGAAUACUAGGUUUGUGAAAAAUGACAUGAUCGACUUUCUUAUUGACAUGUGUCGUGCAUCUAGAAUAUUCUUAAUGAGUGAGUUGCCCAAGGAUAUAAAAAAAAUGAAAGUUUCAUUACAACUUGAUGAUGAGCGUUUUCUUGAUAUUCUAGAAGAUAAUAACUUUUCAAUUAUUGAAAUACGAUCAAAAUACAUUAGUUCAGAAUUUGUAAUGUUUUCUGAUACUGUAUCUGAUACAGAUUUUGAAUUGAUUAAUAUGAUUGAGAAAGCCAAAGCUAAGGUUGUGAAAUAUUUUAGAACAAAAGUUAAAUAUACGUUUUUGAAGAAUGUUUAUCUCAAUGCUUUUGAUAAUAACUACUUGCCUUACCUAAAAGAAAGAGUGCUUUAUUUUUACAGAUAUAUAACCUCACAGAUGGAAUAUAAUGAUUAUUACUUUCACCUUAGCCAAAAUCAUCUCUUGAAUAUGAAUUUUAUAACGUUUAUAAAAUGUGUUCCUUUACGCCUCGAAUUUCAGUUUAUUAAAAUUGUUACUGAAAUUGCAAAAAAAAAUAGAAAACUUAAGGGUUCAAUCGAUCUGUCAAUAGCUCUGAGAAUAUUGAGAAUAUUUCAGGCGAAGCUUUUGAAAAGCUAA